UGACAUCGCGGAGCAGCACUGCAAUAUCCAUCGAUUCGGGACCGAAGAUUAUCCAUCUGCAUUCUCGCAAGACUGGUGCCACCUGUACAUAUUAAUCCAUACCAACUGUGUCAUUCAAGCAAUCAUGUCCAUGGGAAGUGACUUUGGGAACCCUUUACGGAAAUUCAAACUUGUUUUUUUAGGGGAGCAAAGCGUUGGGAAAACAUCGCUGAUAACAAGGUUCAUGUAUGACAGUUUUGACAACACUUAUCAGGCAACCAUUGGAAUUGACUUUUUAUCAAAAACCAUGUAUCUGGAGGACCGAACUGUGAGGUUACAGCUAUGGGACACCGCAGGGCAGGAGCGUUUUAGGAGUCUUAUCCCGAGCUACAUUAGAGACUCCACAGUGGCUGUGGUGGUGUAUGAUAUCACAAAUGUCAAUUCAUUCCAGCUAACCUCCAAAUGGAUUGAUGAUGUCAGAACAGAGAGGGGAAGUGAUGUCAUUAUCAUGCUGGUGGGCAAUAAAACAGACCUGGAAGAAAAGAGGCAAAUCACUAUAGAGGAGGGUGAGCAGCGGGCCAAAGAACUGAAUGUGAUGUUUAUCGAGACUAGUGCAAAGACUGGCAGCAACGUUAAACAGUUGUUUCGGCGAGUGGCUGCUGCUUUGCCUGGAAUGGAGAGCCUGGAUGAUAACAACAAAGAAGGAAUGAUUGACAUUAAGCUGGACAAACAGCCAGAUCCUCCGGCCACUGAAAGUGGGUGCUCCUGUUAGUAGAAAGCGGUUCGGACCUUCAUUAACACCACAUGCUUGUUCUGUUGCUUCCUAUGGGUCCACGUCCAGUUGAACUUUAUGAUCGGAUAUAGGCUUUUUACAUCUGAAUGGGUCUAAAAUUAUAUUCCUCAGUUGCAAGAACAAAAAAAAAAUCUACACUGUCUGUUUAAUUGCCAAAAUAAUAUCAUAGGUAACACAAAGUGACUAGCUAACAGAUUCAUAUAAGACAGGAAGUGGCAUGUGUACCAUCUUCGGACAAACAACAUUCAGAGUGGAUUAUCGGUUGUUAUGUUUUGUAUUUUUGUACAUUACAAAAAGCACUAAAUGAUGCCUUCACAAAAAAAUGAGUUUAAGAUUCAAGACGGGCGACAGAGUAACUGUCUUUCGUCCAUAGCAUGCAUGUAAGACAACUUUUAGAAUCGGUCAUGUCCUUUGGUCCAUACACAUCGAUAGUAACGAAACGAAGAACUCAGAAUAAAUGAAAAAAAGAAAAAAGAGAGAGGUCCUGUUCAAAGUGUGGGUCUGUGUAUACAGUACAUCCUACAUGCUAAUCCAGUACCAGCCUCCAUGAGAGGUGUGUGUACUAACCCGGUUAACCUUUAAAGUGCCGUGGCACUGUUGCAAAGAACCAAUGGAUUUUUCUGCUAGCUUCAUGUAUACACUUUAGAUCCGCCAGGCGGUACUGUAUUGUAUAUAGUAUUUAUAUUAUUGUGAACAUCCAUCAUUUAGACGUGGUUUAUGUUCACUUGUACAAAUGUUUUUUUUUUUAAUAUGACAAGGGCUUCACUUUUAUUUUCUCGGUCUCACCUGUAGCCAUACACUGGUGGUAAAGUAUUACUUAUGGUUUGGGCAUUUUGCUGUUGCCUUAUACUGUUUUACUCAUCCACCAAAUUUUUUUCCUGAAAGAAUACAUUAUUCCUGUUAAACCCCUUUCAGAUGUUUUACAGAAAUAUGUGGGUUGCUUUUUAUUUUUUAAUUAUAAUUUUGUAUUUUGCAACCAACUAGAACUAAAAAGAAUGACAUAAGUGUCAUUCAUUCGGUUGGGGUGAGAAAGGCGAUUUUGAGGUGAGCCUUAGGAAACAACAGAUUUUCAUUUCAAAUACAUGCACUUUCUUCUGGGUUCUGACAAGGAAAUGUAUGGUUCACCACAUCAUAAAGUGAUGAAACAGACAAAUGAUUGUCGUAUCCUUUGUAGUAAAGCUCUCGUUGUCUCCCACACAUGCUGAAUGGAUGUGUAGAUAAAAAUUCAAAAUGCUAGUAGUAGGCGAACACUUUCAUCCUAAAACAUGAAGACCUUUUUAAAACAGCACUGAGCUGAGAGUGAAUGUACCCGCCUGACGUCCACUCACAAUAUUCUGGUUAUCGCAACAGUACGUUCAA